GGAACAGUGUGUUUGUAAAGGUGACCUGUUUAAUAUGACUCGCUUUGACUUUACAAUGACACCUAGCUGUGUAUUGAUGUUGGACAGAAGAUAGAUAUAAACAUGCCAGAAAUACACACAGGAGGACGCACACCGUGUGUGGGAAUGUUAACGGAAAGAUUACUGCUGCGCAAAGUCAAAGGCAGCUGUUGACAUAGACGCAGCGCACCUAGCUCAGUGUCGGGUAACUGGUGGUUUAUUUUUAUACUCCCUUUUCAGUAUAGUUGCGUAAAUGGCAGUAACAUUAACACCGCUGCUCUCCUCCCGCCGGUGCCGGUGCGCUUCUCGUAACCUGUCUACCUUCCCAGAAGAUCAUGGCUAGAGGAGGCUGCAAGAGUGUCUUCCUCUCGGUGUUUGACUACAAAACGGAGAAGUAUGUCAUCGCCAAUAAUAAAAAAGUCGGCGUGUUGUUCCGCUUAUUCCAGCUGGGAGUGCUUGUAUAUAUAAUCGGCUGGGUUUUCCUGAUAAAGAAAGGCUAUCAGGAAAGAGAGGAGUCCAUCCAGAGCAGCGUGAUUAGCAAGCUCAAGGGGAUAAAUCUCAUCAAUACAACGCAGAAUAUAUCCCGUGUAUGGGGGCCUGAAGAUUACGUCAUUCCUCCACAGGGUGAAGGAGUUUUCUUUAUUGUUACAAAUUUCAUCGAGACGCCCAAUCAGAGGCUGGGGUACUGUGCAGAGAGCACGAAGGUUGUAGAUGCUUUGUGUGAGGAUGAUGGAGACUGUAUAGAGGAGGCUGCGGUGAGAGCGAGUCACGGAAUAAUGAGUGGCCGGUGCCUGAACUCAACAGGCACCUGUGAGAUUUAUGGCUGGUGUCCAGUCGAGGCCAACCAUAAAUCAAUGGAUGCCACCCUAAUGGGUGCUGUGAACUUCACUGUCUACAUAAAGAAUUUCAUCAGGUUUCCUCAUUUUAACUUUUCGAAAUCAAAUGUCUUGGAUACAAAAAAUGAAACUUACUUGAAGAGCUGUUUCUACGACAAGAUCGCCAACCCGUACUGCCCCAUCUUCCGGCUAGGAGAUAUUGUUGCAUGGUCGGGAAAUGAUUUUAACAGGAUGGCUGUGAAGGGGGGGUCAAUCGCAAUUAUGAUUGAAUGGAACUGUGAUCUUGAUAAAGACAUAUGUAAUCCGGAGUACAGCUUCACUCGGCUAGACCACUCAGUCAACUCCAUCACAACUGGCUAUAACUUCAGGUAUGCUCAUUAUUACAACGACGAGGCAGGACAGACUUAUCGUACCCUCUAUAAAGUGUGUGGGAUUCGAUUUGACAUCAUAGUUAAUGGAGAGGCUGGAAAGUUUAAUAUAAUCCCCACUGUAGUUAAUAUCGGCUCUGGAUUGGCUGUGAUGGGUGCAGGAGUUUUCAUCUGUGACUUGGUGCUGUUAUAUAUGAUGAAGAAGAGCACAUUAUACAGAGAGAGAAAAUUUGAAUCCGUUAUGCAGUAUGACUCUCCUAAAUGGAACCAUACAAAUAAAAAGAACUUGGCAAGGGAAGUCGUGCUGGAAAUGAACUGAGUUUUGAAUCCUGUGAUAUCACCGGGCAGGAUGAAUCAGGUUGGAGGUUCCCUUUUUGCUUCCACCAGGAAAAUGGAGCCAUUUACAGGAAAAAACCCUAUGGGACACAAUGUCACAGACUCCUCCUCAGCAAUUUGAGUUACUCAUCAUGGAUGCUGAAUGUGCUCUGAAAAUAUGAGUCCAAAAGAAUAGCACCUUAUCUAUUUUAAAGAAAAAUGUUUUAAUGUAAAUUUUUAUGCUGAACUUUGUCUUUUGUAAAGUUGUUAUGUCACAUAGAACAGACCAACAGAAUGUCUGUUAUUCAGGCCAGUUCGGCUGUGAAAUGUCAGUGUUAUUUUUUUUUACAAUACAAUGCUAGACCCAAGGUGAUUACACAUUUCCAUGGGUGAAGUGUAUUGCUGUGUUUAAAUUCCUGGAUGAGCAACCUCUUCCUAUUCAUUAAUACUCUGUGGCUCUACUGUUACUGUCCAGUGUUAGCUUGCACUCAGAAUGCAAAUGAUUCCAGUCAAAGUUAAAAGGUUGUCAGGAGGUGACUCUUCAGACAACAAAGUUAAAUGGAUGUCUGAAGAUUAUUUUGCUAGUUGGUAGCAAAAUAAUCUUUAAAUGAAUUUGAAAUUUUAUUAUGUACAUAUACUGACAAGUUGUGUUAUAUUUGUGACUUGAAUUGCUGUAAUAAAAAAGAUCUUACCAAACAAAAAGUUUGUCUUUUGAUUCUCACAGACUAUGUAGUUGUCAGAAUCUUAAAUAGCUGAAAUGAAUCCAUGCUCCAUUACAUAAAUAGCUAAUGUAUAGUGAGAACCAUUGCACAAAAAAGGUACUUCCAUAAAAGCCACACAAUUCAUGGUGUGCUUGAGGAAACAGUGUAUUGGUUAUUAGAUAAAUUCAAGAUUAAAAUUUUGUAACAAGUCUGGACCACAGUUUCUCAAUUUUCUUCUUUAAUAUUCCCUGACUGGCAGUGUUGCCUCACACGUCUGGGGCCAGGGUUCGAGUCUCUGCCAUGGCUCCUUGUGUGUGGAGUUUGCAUGCUCUCCCUGUGUUAUCAUGGAGUUUCCUCCAGGUACUCCAGUUUCUACCCAUAGUCCAAAAACAUGCUCAAGUGAAUUGGAGUUACCAAAUUAUCCGUAGGUGUGCAGGUAUAAGUGGGUCCUGUGAUGGUUUGGUGCCCCAUCCUAGAUUAUUCACUACCUUGCACCUGUAGCUUCCGGGAUAAGCUCCAGACCCCCCACAACCCUCCCUAGGACAAGCAGAUACAGAAGAUGGAUGGAGAUUCCCUUGCUUGCACUUCCACCCAGCCAUAUAAACCAUUUGAAAUGGCCUCGGCACAUCUGCGGCCCUUGAGCAAGGCCCUUAACCCCCAGCUCCCUGGUUGCUGCUGUGGGUGGCUGCCCUUCGCAGCCAGCUUGCUCUCACCUACAGAGAGUAAGUUGGGGGAGGUGUAAAGAGAAUUUCCCCACAAGGAUCAAUAAAGUAUUUCUUAUUAUUAUUAAAUAUCAGGUGGGAAUGAAUCCUAACUGAAACAGCAUUUGAU